UAUGUUUCCGGAAGUGUCUGCUUGUGUUGUGAUUGUGUUACAGAUCCAUGUUGUUACGAGUUCGUCUCACUUUUCUCCUUUUAUAAAAGGACCUGGAGUUUUAUAGAUUUAAUUUCACACGGAGAGACAAAGUGAGGACGUGCGUGUUCCGGAGGACGUCUGUAGGUGUCCAUGGCCUCCCCAAAGAAGAGGAUACUGCGUGAAGUGGAGUCCUCAUCGAGUCCUGGGCCAGGUCUGAACCAAGGUCUGAACCAACGUGUGAAGCAGGAAAUCCCAGAGACGUCACAGGUUAAAGAGGAGCCAGAGGAGCCAGAGGAGCCGAGCGUCAAACAGGAGGAAGAGCCACUGCCAGUGUAUGUCCCAGAGUAUUUUACUGUGAUUGUGAAGACAGAAGAACAAACUGAGCCCAAAGAGGAGACACAAGGAGAGGACAUCAGCACAGAAUCACAUUUCCACACAGAGACUGAGGGGGACACAGAGCACUCCUCUGACAAUGACAACGACAAUAACAAUGACAAGGAUGAAGACUGGAGAGCUCCAUUCAGCUGUUCAGAUGAAGACCACACCAACAAAGACCAAGCAACACAAAACUCAGGUCUAUCCUCCAAACAUAAGUCUGCACCAGAGACCAGUGCCACUGUGAACAAUGGAGACAAGUCAGGAACAGCUGAAGGAGCUAAAGGGACACAUCAGUGCCCUUUUUGUGCAAAGAUGAUUAAAGGAACUAAACAGAAUUUACAAAGACACGUUAGAAUUCACACAGGAGAGAGACCUUUCAGCUGUUCAAUCUGUAAUAAGACCUUUUGUCAUCAGGGUAAUCUAAUUUCUCACAAAAGAACACAUUCUGGUGAAAAACCUUUCAGCUGUCCAACCUGUAACAAAACAUUUUUAAAGAAAUCUGAUUUAACUGUACAUAUAAGAACACACACAGGAGAGAGACCUUACAGCUGUUCAGACUGUGACAAAACAUUUUCCCAUGUUGGUUCUCUAAUUGCUCACAGAAGAACACACACGGGCGAAAAACCAUUCAGCUGCUCAGUCUGUCAGAAAGAAUUCCCCAACCUCACAGGACUGAACUGCCAUAUGAGACUGCACACUGGUGAAAAACCUUUCAGCUGUUCAACCUGCAAUAAGACAUUUACCACCAACUCUCAGCUGCGUGCACACACAAGAAUGCACACAGGAGAAAAACCUUACAGCUGUUCAGUCUGUAACAAAACCUUUUCCCAGACAAGUUCUCUAAACGUUCACAAAAGAACACAUUCAGGCGAAAAAACAUUCAGCUGUUCCAUCUGCGAGAGAGAGUUUACCCAGUCCUCUUCGCUGAAACGCCACAUGGUGCUGCACACGGGGGAGAAACCAUUCAGUUGUUCCAUCUGUAAUAAGGCAUUUUCACAGAAGAGUAACUUAAAUCAACAUAAAGAAAUCCACAAGUCUCUUAUCUCAGAGGACAUGUGAACAGGAUUGGAACAAGAACGCAAAUAUCGUGACAUUGUAUCGUCAAACUCUCACAAUAAUAUCGAGGGCUGGCACUAUGUCUCAAAUGAUUGUGUCAGCCAACGAUCUAAAAGCAGACGUAUUGUGCUUGUGUGUGCUCUAUAGUUAUAAUCUAUGACACCUGUGGAUCACCGUGUUAUAAUUUGAACAUUUGAAAUCUCAGUAUAUUCAUCUAAAAUAACUUGUUAAAAGAAACAUGUCCACUGAGUUCCGUGUUCUAAAACUGCAGUGCCCAGUGGGAGCUGACGUCUAUGGAAGAUCAUUUGUUUCAUCAGAUUUUGAAUUUGAAUUUGAUGCUGUUGAAUUUCUCACUUUGAAUUUUUAAACGCUGAAAUAAACAUUUUAAUAAUUUGUGCUACGAAUUUUAGUUGCUGAAAUUUUUAGGGUACAUUUAAAAUUUUCAAGCCCAGAGUUCAGAGUAUAAAAUUCGCAGUGAAAAAAAUAUCUGAAGUGAUCCAAUCAAAUUUAGUAACAAACAGGAAAUGGUGCAGAGACGAGUUUUUGAUAAGUGUAAACUCCGCCCACAGAUGAGAACGGCCAGUAGGAAACAGCCUCUGUCCUCCUCACUCACAGGAUCAAUGCUUCUUGACUUGACUUCAACUUGGAUCUUUGUUGUGAAAUUUUUCACUGCAAAUUUUACACUCUGAAUUUUGACUGUUGAAUUUGAGGAAAUGAAAAUAUCUAUGCUAAAUAUUGAAAAGGUGUUUUUUUUUUCCUUUUUUUUUUUUUAUUUGAAAAAAUAUUGAAAAAGUGUACUUAAAAUUGCAACAAGUAAAUACAUUUUUGAAUAAAAAUAAUUCAAACAUCUUUUUUCAGAGUAAAAAAUUCAAAGUGAGAACAAAUGAUCUUCCAUAGACGUUGCUGUAAACGUCAUUACAACAAGGAGUUGAGGCUCUUAUGGAUAUCUGCGGAUCAACAAGUGAGCAGCUGAUUUUUUUUGUCCCAAAAUGACAGUAAUGAUUUUCAUCCAUAGUCUUGCCAAGGCAUUUGAAAAGAAAAAGAAGCACACUUACAAUUAAUUGUGUUAAUAUCUUUAAAAUGAGAUGCACAUGAUGAUGUGGAUAUUGUUACAUCCCUUCACAUGAACACAAACCAUUCAGCUGUUUAAAUGACUAAACAUGUAUUAUUUUUAUUUAGAAUAUAAAGAAUUUUAUGCUCAAGAGAAAGGAGGAGUGGAUCCUGUGUUGAAUCUUUUUACAAAUAAAUACACCUUUUCCUGGUCA